AUGAACAACGCCGACAGACGAACUUCUUCCUCCUCAUCGAGCUCACCUAAUCAAGAGAAGAGGUCGUUGUCUGAACAAAUAUCUUCUAUAGGCGCCAGGAUCAACCGGGCGCUAAGCAGAGGUCGCAGUGAAGAACGUUCAGCAAGAGACUUUGACAACGAUUCCUUAACCAGUUCUUCCGCGACAGUGGUCUCUGUUGAAGGGGCUAUAGGUGAACGCUCAGUCUCGAGAGGGCGAGAGGGAUUACGUCGCUCCUCGGGAAGAGGAGGAAUCGGAAACAUCGUAGCAUCCGUUCCAGAGGAUGCCGUCGUAGAGCAAUCAGUGUCCCCAAUUCGAGGAAGAGAUAUUUCCAGACCAUCAGAAGUGCCAACAGGAAUUCCCUUUGCUGGUAGCACAGGACGUGGAGGUGCAGGCAAUAUUCGUGCACCUUCUCAGGAGCAGAAGUUCGAUUCCGAUGCUAUAACCCUCGUUCCCUCGCGGGUAGAUACCUCAAACGUCCGAUCGCCUUCCCAAACGUCGCCUUCACGACAUAUGUUAUCGACAGGCCGAGGAGGUAUAGGUAACAUCAAGAAGAAUCCCGCCAGCGACUUGAACACUAGGUAA